AUGGCUGCCAACUGCAAAAUUACAUCGGCUAAUCACAAUCCGUGGUUUCUCGACCCUGUCAUGAUCGAACUCCAGUCAUGUCCAGUUGUAGGUGCGGAGGAGAUUGCCGAGCUAAUGGUUCCGGCCCGUAUGAGGUUUCUCGAUUCCAGCAGUGGGACUGUGGUCCGCGAGUUCAAAAAGGGCUAUGGACCUUCUAAAUGGAAUUGCUCCACGAUACCAACUCUGCACGAUACGGGUGCUCGACGAUUGCACCCGCGUUCACUGUCAAAGAUCCUCAAGAUGGAUCAAUCGUGGAUUGGUGACGCGCAAUUCUACCCUCCUCUAAUUCCUCCUCUAUGUCUUCCACUGCUAAGCCAAGCAGAUCGCGAAGCAACAGUGGAGAGACUGCUGGAGCAUUUAGAUAAUCCACAGUAUACCGAGUAUGCGACGACACUCACCUCCCGAUCGUCUGCCGUAGACCGAUGCCUCAGGCACUUCGUAGGUGGUAACGAGACCUCAAGUACUCUCCCACAGCUGUCGGCGGACAUUACUUCGAUCAUGCAUUGCGGUGCUCUUCUUCCUCUAGAAGUGUCAGCUCUAACAAGCAGCAGUACGAUACACCUCAUUACCGGUGUGCGCGUCUACAUCGUGUACCCUCCAACACCACACAACAUGGCGACUAUGCACAAGUAUUUGCUAGACCUCACUGAAGAUCCUGCGCCAAAGCGUGCAAGCGUAUGCAAUGACUUACAGGAAGGUAUCACCUUCGUUCAGCGCGCUGGUCAGACUGCAACCAUACCACCGUUCUGUCCAACAAUGAUUUUCUCUACGACAACCAGCGCAGGGGUAAUUGUCCGUUCGCGUUGCCACAACGAAGUGUCAAUGCGACUAACGCGAUUGGAGCUUAUAGUAGCUCAGAUCAGGGCUGUACAGCACGUGUGUCGAGAGACAGCGGAUACAUCGUUGGAAUACCACACUGUACAGCUGUACAAAGACAUAUCUACAGUUUUUAGAGCAUCGGAGCCGAGCAGUUCUGGCUGGAGACGGACAUUAGCCCUGGGAGCUGCUUGGCAAGACAACCAUACUCGUUUCCGGGCUCUGAUAGAGGGGCAUGUCUCCCAGCCGUUGAAAGAUAAAAUCCUGAAGAAUGUCCCGCGACUUUGGAACUUCGCUGUGCAGAACCAAGACUUUGAAGAAUGUCCAGUCUGCAACGUGGACCUCAAGGACCUCGGCAUGGCGUUCAUCGCGCACUUCCGGAAAGAGCACUGGAUUGAGGCCGAAGACAACACUCAGUGA